AUGUCCAAUCGCGCUGGGAGAACAGCCCUUGGGAGCAUUUCACAUUCAGAAGCUAAUUCUCAACUCAGCAGGAUUGGCAAAGCCUCUCGCGAUGUUACAAAAGGAAUUUCACACAAUGGCAGUAAUAGCUUAUCAAUUAAUGCAUGGGGUGGAGAGCCACAAAGAACAAAGUCUACGAAACAAUCACCUCCAUCAAAUAUAACAAAAUCAUUCGAAUCUCGUUUUACAUCCAGCAGAGUUAAUAAUGAUUCACCAAAAGAUAAAAACAUCGUCAAAGUAAAUGGACAUUAUUACGAAAUUCUUAACCUUUUAGGUGAAGGCGGUACAUCCAAAGUUUAUGUUGCAAGGAAUCCAGAAGGUCAAGAAGUUGCCAUCAAAGUUGUCGAUUUGACGAAAGUUUCAGAUGCUGUAUUGAAUUCUUUAAUGAAUGAAGUCGAAAUACUACAACAGUUUAAAGAUUCAAAAGAAAUCAUUCAUAUGUAUGAAUAUGAUAACACAGGUAGUACAAUGUAUAUCGUUCAAGAGCUCGGAGGAUACUCAAUGAAGGAAAUAAUUGAAGAAAAGUUUGAUAACGCACCAAGUAAGUUUGAUUCAAAUUUCAUACAUAAAACAUGGCAGGAAAUGCUAGCCGCAGUUCGUGUUUGCCAUGAAAGAAAGAUUUUGCAUGCAGAUCUCAAACCUGCAAACUUUCUUAUGGUCAACAAACGUCUCAAGCUGAUUGAUUUUGGCAUUGCUACCCGUGUUGCAAUUCAUGAUGACACAACAAGUGUUACACGCGAUAUUAAAGUUGGUACACUUAACUACAUGUCCCCAGAAGCCGUUAACAUUGAUGAUGAUAGUAAGAUCGGUCGUCCAGCAGACAUUUGGGCACUAGGAUGCAUUUUAUAUCGUCUGGUGUACCGCCGCUUACCGUUUCCACAAGAUCAGCCCAUUGCAAAAGUAACAGCCAUCUGUGGAAAUUAUGAAAUUAAGUACGGUUCACUUGAAUAUACAGAAGAUCCCCCAGAAUUACCAUUCCUUAUUGACAUUAUGAAGCAAUGUCUUCAAAGAGAUCCAAAGGCCCGUCCAGAUAUCGAAGCUUUGAUGAAUCAUCCUUAUCUUCAUUCAUAUGAUGAAAACAUCAUACAGCAUUUCAAGGGUCUUAUCCUUUUAUUACAGGAAUUGUACGAUGAGAAAAUGCCUCCAAACAUCAACACUACAGAAUGGAAGUACAAAUUACUCCAUAGAUGCGAUAAAUACCACGUUACUGAAUACGCUCGUAUAUUCAGCCUAGAUCAAAUUCAAUAUUUCUCAGAACUCAGUAGGGACGUUUUGGAAACGUAUUAUGAUGACGAAUUCGAUUCUGAAGUAGGAAACAGAGUUAUCAGGGUUCUCGCGGAAUACUUCAUGAAUGGAAAUCCGAUUUCAAUCGGCGAAGCUCUCAGAAUCUUCUCAAUUGAAUCCGAACUCGUUUGA